AGUACAUUUUUCUAGGUGGUUUGCAACCCGGCAGUGAAUAACAACAAGAGAGCGCUCGGGACGGGGUACACAUCUCUGCAUCUGUUGUCGGAAAAAGUAUUAUUUCAGAAAUAUUAAUACAUAUGAAUUAUAUCGGGGCACCAUGAUCAUCGGAUGCUGUUUCAUCUGUGUAUAUGCAGUGCUGAUAAACAAAGUGUCUCUGCAGGAAACAGUAGAGGCUGUUAUUAGCAGUUCUGUUGUCCUGUCAUGUUCAUCCACUGAACAUGAUCAUAAACUUCAAGACAUUAAUGUGAGCUGGAGACACAACGGCAGCAAGAAUGUGUAUGAUAUAGUCAAGGGUCAAGAUUCAGUAGUGUUACAGGACCAACGGUACAAGAAGAGAACUAAAACUUUCCCUGAUGAGUAUCUGAGAGGAAACUUCUCCAUCAAACUCCACAAUCUCACUCAUGAUGAUGCAGGAAAAUACAUCUGCUUAAUCACACACUCAUCUGAACAGAGGACUGUACAUCUGCACAUUAAUGAAUCAACAGCAGAAGGAAACAAAUCACAUGACCAAGGAGAAGAAACAGAAGCAGACAAUGUGGGGACAUCAUUGCCCUUGGGUACCAUUGUAGCAGCUGUAGUUUCAUUAGUAGUAGUAGGAGUAGUAGUCGCAGUGAUUGUAUACUGUUUAUUUCAGAGAAAAAGAACUCAAGCUUUUUCUUGUGUCAAGACUGAAUGAGAAAGAACAGUUACAAACACGUCAGGUCUAAAUAUUUCGAUUUUCACAUUCUGACUUUUGUGUCUCUAUUAGUUGUAUUUUUACAGCUUGUGCAGUGGUUCUGGUGCUUAUGACUGUGUUUUUAUAUUCUUGCUGUAUGCACUGAUUGUUCUUGCUAAAUGAGAUUAGAUUAGAUUAUGAAAUGCUGAAACAGGAGCAUUUCUUGAAGUUAAAGGUCCAAUGAGUUGUCAAUAGACCAUUUGGGAGCAGAUGUUACAGUUAAUCACUUCAGCUGUGUAUGCAUUGUGGUGGCAGAAAAAUAGUGUAACAAGUGGAGGAAAAUGAGCAAAAUCCAUGGAAUAAGAGGAAAAAAUGUCCUUUGCCUUUGGAUGUCAGAAAUGGAAUGCAAAAAAAGAUGGUCUUGAUAGAAUAAUGUCGUCAAAGACGCCCUUUGAAGCUAAACAUAGACUUUUAUGGUUGCAAGCCAUUAAACAGACAGAUUGGACUGAUGAUACCUGUGAUGAUUAGUGUACUAUUAAAGCAUGAAUUUGAUGUAAACAAUAUAUCUACAUAAUAUUCACAUGGGGGCAUGAUGUAUUAGCCUGACAGUUACAGCUUGAAAUAUUUAUACUUAUAACAUGUUACAUGGAUAAUAUUUAAACCUAUAACAUUCUUUUCAGAAUUCUGACUUCUUUCUCCCAGUUCAUACUUUAUAACUUACAAUUGUGAGUUUGUAUCAAUUUUCAGAAUUGAUAAAAAUGCAGAAUAUGCAGUUCAUAUAUCGCAAUUCUAUUUUUUCUUCUCAUAAUUGUGAGAAAUAAACUUAACAUUAUCUUUUUUUUUUCUUUUAUUCCCUGGCUUCCAUUGACUGCUACUGCAGAACUUUAUUUUCUGCCACCAGGUUGGCUCCGCCCACAAAAACAUCAUCGCUGUUUGCAAACACCCAAAUGGUCUCUAUGUUACUGCCUUAACUAUUCUGUACCACAAGUGCUCUUUCUUCAUGUUGUGUUUGACAAUAUUAAAUGUUUUUUGUAUUCUUUAUUAAUUAUUUUGUGUUAAAUUAAAAUGCAAAUCAUUUA